AUUUGUGCGGGAACGGUUAUACCAGCCACAUCGGGAGCUCGUCCCCCAAUCGCAGACCACACGCGCCACGGGCACCACUGAGUUGAGCGAGGUUUCGGCACGACGCGUCAUCUCUUUAACAAAAACAAACAAAACAAAAACAUAUACAUAUAAAUGUAUGUAUGUGUGCAUGUAGCAACUACAAACCUCUCGUGUGUGCAUUUGUGAUUGCUCCUAUCGCUCCUGCCCGACAUUAUCAAUAUAUCAACUGAAUCAACCAACAAAGGAGGAACAUGAAGUGAAGUGAAGCCGAAUAAGGCUGUUCUGUUCUGUUCUGUCCCAUCGCACAUUUAUACAUCGAACCAGCGUGUCACCAACGCCGCCGAUAGCAGAAGACGGAGAAGAAUAAAUCGCAGCAACGAUCCCCAGUCCCAUGAGCAACACAAUGACAGCCGCCCACGAGCCGACCAUCCACUACCUGGACAGCGUUCUCAACGAGGAGGAGAAGCGCUGCGAGUACAGCCAUCAGUGGCGCAACUUUACGAUCUCUCGCUCCGGCCGCUUCAGGUCAAAGAACAAGAAGCGGGACGUAGUAGAUGGCAAGCUGUUUGACGCCAACAGUGGCGGAGCGUCCACGAAGGAGAAUGAAAAGAUCUCAACGCGCAGUUCAUCCACCGCAUUGCCCAAGUCUACAUCCACGGCCACAACAGGAUCGGUAACAGGGAGCAGUGCUCGAAGUCAACGCGACAAAGUGGAGAGCUACAAAAGUUUCUACGAGACGAAUUUAUAGAUAGUGGAUUUCUAUAUUCUCUACGCACUUUUACACACAACAGUGCACGACGCUUUGUUAUAUCAAAUUUACAGGGCGAGAGAGGGUUUAUUGCAGGACUCGUGGACAACAAUGCAAUGAAGCAUGCUGGAGGGGCUUAUAUAUUCAUAUAUUCAACAUAAUAUAUAUAAUCUAAUAUACACGCUUUCUUCCUCUCUGAACUUGGAUCGAUUGUACGUACUUAUGGUAAAUUAUUAUCUGCUGCUUGCUUAGAUUGUAAAAGUAUUAAAACGUGAUAAUUGCACUAAAUUAUAAAAUAUCUUUAAGUUUAUAGUUACAUAAUUGUAAUGUAUUGUAUUGUAUGUCUUAAAGUUAGUCAGAAGCAGUACAUUUGAGUCUAGCCAAUAAAGCACAAGGUUGGAUCUAA